AUGUCGGACUAUCGAGACAACGCUAGUAAAUUUCUUCCUGGGAUCAACAGUAUCAAAUGUAAUCGAUUCAAUAAUGUGGACAAUGACAUCGAAGAUGCUGUGUUCAACCGCCAAGGUAUCGCACCAGCAAUGGGCCGAGUAUUUGAGCGAAAGGAAAAACAGCUGGUGGAGAAAGUCAAAACCACAGAGGUCAAUGAUGAGCUCCAGAGACUGAUAUAUCUUGGCACGGGUUCGUCUUGGUUGGUGGCAGAUUGUAUCAAGGCGUGCAUCUGCCUAUACCUCGAAGAAGCUGUUGAGAGGGCACGACGCGAAGAUCGCAGUUCUGCCGCCUAUGAGCGUGCGCUAGAGUGGACGGAGAAAGCGAGGCUUAGGAAGGCUACGGCCGUUCAAAAACCCCUCAUAGCGGCUGUAAUUGACAUGAUUAAGGCCACAUUCCUUCACGUCGGCUUUUAUGGAUUCCCUGACGAAGAUGAUGAGAAUACGCCUGCUAUACUGCAACAAAAAGGACCAAUGGCCUGCUUGCACCUAGCUCGCCAAUUAGUUGACCUGGAUCUCACCCACGAGAGCGAUCUGAGCGAGGAUGAUCAGAACUUACGCGAGGCCACGAAGGUGGCGCCGGUAUUGUUUGCCUGUCUUGAUCGUCUACGGAAGGUCAAUCCAGUGCUCGAAAAUUGGAUCUAUGAGCUUGACGAGAUCUUUGCAUUGGAUUGUUGGGAGGAAGCGGACGUCAAGAAGCAAAUGUACAGCGUCGGCUAUACGUACACUCAAGAAGACAUGCGCAAGCUGCUAGAGUCUUGGUCAAUAAUGGACUCAGGAAAUUGGGAGUCCUUCAAGAAAUGCGUUGGCAGAAAAGGAUCGCUGAAAAUUCAUGUUCAAUACCACAACAAAAAGAAUGGUCUGAGUGGAGCUGAAGUUGAGUGGAGCAAGGAGUGA